UCGUUAGCCCCGCCUCCCUGGCAACUGAAAGGACGCUUUCACCUUAGCGACCAGCGGGGCUCCCACCAUGGCUGAAGAAGAGGAAGUUAUUGUCCGAACGGAGAAAGUUAUCCGGAUCCAGAGGGUGUUUAUAAACCUACUGGAUUCCUACAGCAGCGGAAACAUAGGGAAGUUCCUAUCUAACUGUGUCAUUGGGGCUUCGCUUGAAGAAAUUACGGAAGAAGAGGAAGAAGAAGAUGAAAAUAAGUCAGCUUUUCCAGAAGCUUCAUCCCCCAAACUGAAGGAAGGCACCUUCCAGAUUGUGGGCACACUUUCUAAGCCCGAGAGCCCGCAGCCUGACUUCGCAGUGGAAACCUACACGACCAUCUCGCGAGAAGACCUCCUCAUGCGCCUGCUGGAGUGUGACGUUAUCAUUUACAACAUCACUGAAUACGCACAGCAAGUGGAGGAAGCCCUGUGGGCGGUCUCGGCUCUGAAUGAAGAAGUCAGCCAUUUUGAAAAGAGGAAGGUGUUUAUCUUACUGUCCACGGUGAUGACUUGGGCACGAUCCAAGCCCCUGGACCCUGAUGAUUCUGAGGUCCCAUUUACUGAAGAGGAUUAUCGAAGGAGAAAGAAUCAUCCUAAUUUUCUGGAUCACAUAAAUGCUGAAAAAAUGGUUCUCAAAUUUGGCAAAAACACCAAAAAGUUUGCAACCUACGUUGUUGCUGCUGGACUUCAGUAUGGAUUGGAAGGAGGCAUCUUGCAUGUUUUCUUUAAGUUGGCUUGGCUGGGCGAGGUUCCUGCAUUACCUGUAUUUGGAGAUGGAACGAAUGUAAUUCCAACAAUCCACGUUCUUGAUCUCGCAGGGGUUAUACAAAACGUAAUAGACCACGUGCCAAAGCUUCACUACCUGGUUGCUGUGGACGAGUCUGUUCACACCCUGGAAGACAUUGUUAAGUGCAUCAGUAAAAAUACCGGUCCUGGGAAAAUCCAGAGAGUACCCAAAGAAAAUGCUUUCCUAACCAAGGACUUGACACAAGAAAAUAUUGACCAUUUGCUGGUCAACUUAAGAAUGGAAGCGCUCUUUGUGAAGGAAAAUUUUAACAUCCGAUGGGUUGCCCAGACAGGAUUUGUGGAAAAUAUCAACAAUAUCCUUAAAGAGUACAAGCAAAGCAGAGGAUUACUGCCCAUCAAGCUGUGUAUGCUUGGCCCCCCCGCGGUGGGGAAGUCCAGCAUUGCGGAGGAGCUGUGCAAGCAUUACAAACUGCACCACAUUAAACUGAAGGACGUCAUCACUGAAGCCAUAGCGAAACUGGAGGCCAUUGUGGCACCUAAGGACGGAGGGGAAGGAGAAGAGGAAGGCGAAGAGGAAGAGGAGGAGGAGAACGUGGAAGACGCGCAGGAGCUCUUAGACGGCAUAAAGGAAAGCAUGGAACAGAACUCAGGACGACUAGAAGAUCAAUACAUAAUUAGAUUUAUAAAGGAAAAGCUGAAAUCUAUGCCUUGCAGGAAUCAAGGUUACAUUUUGGAUGGAUUCCCCAAGACCUAUGAUCAAGCAAAAGACUUGUUCAAUCAGGAAGAUGAGGAGGAGGAGGAGGAAGUCAGAGGCAAAAUGUUUCCCAUUGAUAAGUUAAUUAUCCCAGAAUUCGUUUGCUCGCUGGACGCCUCGGACGAGUUUCUGAAGGAGCGAGUGAUGAACCUUCCUGAGAGCCUCGUGGCAGGGACCCACUACAGCCAGGACCGAUUCCUCCGGGCCCUGAGCAACUACCGGGACAACAAUACAGAAGACGAGACUGUCUUCAACUAUUUUGAUGAAAUCGAAAUUCACCCAAUCCUCAUUGAUGUAGGAAAACUUGAAGAUGCUCAGAACAGACUUGCUAUCAAACAGCUCAUCAAAGAGAUUGGAGAGCCUCGAAACUAUGGCUUAACAGAUGAAGAAAAGGCAGAAGAGGAGCGGAGGGUUGCGGAGGAACGGCUGGCCAAGGAGGCUGCCGAGGAAGCGGAACGCGAGCACAACGAGGCCAUGGAGACUGCAGAGAAGAUAGCGCGCUGGGAGGAGUGGAAUAAACGACUAGAGGAAGUGAAAAGAGAAGAAAGAGAGUUACUAGAGGCUCAGUCUAUUCCUCUGAGAAACUAUUUAAUGACCUACGUGAUGCCAACUCUCAUGCAAGGUCUGAAUGAAUGUUGUAAGGUCAGACCGGAUGACCCUGUUGACUUUCUGGCUGAAUACCUUUUCAGGAACAAUCCUGAGAUGCAGUGAAACCCAAAGAUCUUACACUUUAUAACUACAGAGCUAGAGAUCAACUUAACAUUGUAAUUGGAAACAUUGCUUUUAAAAAUGCUUUCCUGGUUUUUGGACAAUUUUUUUUCUUGUAAAUGAGUGUUCUAUGAAAAGCUGCAUAUCAAUGAAUGACUACAUCAUUAAAACUGUAUUUGAAAGGUAAAUUGAUAAGGCACCUGUGUUUAGCUCAUGGGACAAAUAUUGAUUUAACAUUUCAUUCUUAGGUCAGUUCUAAGGAUUCUGCCUCUGCUUAUAAUGCUUAGAGUAAUUUAAUUUGUAACAUGAAAAAAAUCAGAAUGUACAUUAUUCUAACAUCGAGGCUAAUGAGUUUAUACUUGUUGUGGCCCCAAUAACAGAAAUG